UUCGUAGGUUUUUUUUUUCCCUGUAACUGUUAACUGUCACUUUUAACAGGUGGUUGUGAUGAUUUUUGGACUCCGGAAGUCAUCAUUGUCUGAGCAUGUGGAUUGUUCUAAUCCGUAUACCAACAAGACGACAUAUGAUUAAGCGCAAGACUUGGCCUUUCCGCUUGAAAGUGAAAGAAUCCUUGACUCCUGCAUAUAUUGAAUACCUCUGUACCAGAAUCUCACAAAGCGAUGGCUCCGGCUUCAUCCUCUUCCUUGGUCACUUGUGUGCUGUUUCUUCUUCUCUUGCACUCAUCAUCCAUCUUUAACAAUCUCUCUGCAGCAAAACACGGCGUGACCAACCGUCACAACCGGCACCCCCAUCACCUCCACCAUACCCAGAAUCCUCCAUUAAACCCACGGCUUUACCGAGCUUUUCUUGCUCUUCAAGCAUGGAAGCGCGUGAUGUACUCUGAUCCACGUAACUUCACUCACAAUUGGGUAGGCCCUUCGGUCUGCAACUAUAAUGGCAUAUAUUGCGCUCCAUCUGUAGAUGAUCCUAAAGCCACGGUCGUGGCUGGCAUUGAUCUCAAUCAUGCAGACAUAGCUGGGUUCUUACCCGAUGAACUAGGCCUGCUCUGCGAUCUCGCUCUUCUCCAUCUCAACAGUAAUCGAUUUUGUGGCAUCCUCCCAAUGACCUUAAGCAACCUCACUCUUCUGUACGAGCUUGAUAUCAGCAACAACAGAUUUGUAGGGCCAUUUCCUUCUGUAGUGCUUUCCCUUCCCACCCUUCGAUAUCUUGACAUUCGCUAUAAUGAGUUUGAAGGGGCAUUGCCUCCUCAACUAUUCAACAAAAACUUUGAUGCCAUUUUCCUCAACAGCAAUCGUUUCACCAGUUCAAUCCCAACAAGUUUAGGGAAAAGCUCAGCCUCUGUGAUCGUGUUUGCUAAUAACAAAUUUGGAGGGUGUCUCCCAGAAAGCAUAGUCAACUUUGCUGAUACCUUGGAAGAGCUGGUCUUAAUAAACACCAGUUUGUCUGGUUGUUUGCCUCAGCAAGUUGGGUUUCUGUAUAAACUAAGAGUAUUGGAUGUUAGCUUUAACAAAAUUGUGGGUCCCAUACCUUACAGCCUUGCAGGGUUGUCUCAUUUGGAGCAGCUAAAUUUGGGACAUAAUACGUUGAGUGGUGCAGUGCCAAUGGGGGUUUGUGAACUGCCGAACUUGAACAACUUCACGUUCUCUUAUAACUUCUUCUGCGAGGAAGAGGGUAUUUGUCAGAAUCUGACGUCUAAAAACAUCGUGUUCGACGAUCGCCGGAACUGCUUGCCGGAGAAGCCAUUGCAGAGGAGCCAAAAGGAAUGCAAUGCGGUCCUCGAGCACCCAGUUGAUUGCUCUGAGCUUUGCUGCGUCGGAGGUGUCACUUCUGGUUCAGUGGCUAUCCCACCUGCUCUAACUCCAACAGGCAUGCCUGUAUCUUCACCAGUUACGGCACCGGCAUAUCCAUGAACAAGUAUAUAUACCUGUUGAUACACAAUGCCAAAAUAAGGUCCAAAUUUGAGUUAGAGAUUGAUUUACGUUGUGCAUACUUCAAGUUACGUUGUGUACUUGUGUGUUCAUUUUAUGUAUAUCCUAUUGUAUCAUGCUCUCUCCUGUUCCUUAGUGUUUUUUUAUCAGAAUCCUCUUACAGUUACUACUUACUAGGCUCAAAUGUGUACCAUAAGAGGACCAAAAUAUAUAUACUGGAUAUACAUGAUCCAUUUCCUUCAAACAA